GCUCUCACAUCCCAUUCCGCGGGUUAAUUUCUGAGUUUUCCCCGGUUCCGGACCAGCUCGGCCCCCACCGUCGCGACAAGUAUAAAAAGCCGUCCCUCAUCCAUCUCCCAAGUCAGUCUUACUGAGUCCAAGACGAUGUACAAGACUAUUUUUCCCGGCCUCCUCCUCAUCGGCCUGGUCGCAGCAUACACGACCAAGUACGACAACAUCGACCUCGACGAGAUACUCGGCAACCAGAGGCUAUACAAGAAGUACUUCGACUGCCUCGCCAACAGGGGCAAUUGCACGCCCGACGGAAAAGAGCUCAAAGCCGCACUCCCGGACGCCCUGACAACCGCCUGUUCCAAGUGUACCCCGAAGCAGAAGGCCGGAAGCGAAAAGGUGAUGCGAUACCUCUUGGAGAAGAAGCCGGCCGAUUUCCAGACCCUAGAGAAGAUCUACGACCCGAACGGCGUCUACAGGGCGAAGUACCAAGCCGAGGCAGCCAAGCGAGGUCUCAAGCUCCCGUCAUAAGUCGAACGGACGACAAAACAACCGAAACCAUUGUAUAAAAAAAUCACCCCUAACCACUCCCCACAAAAAAAAA